CCGACCAUUACGGUACGUGACGUCACCGUUUUGUUUCGGUAAUACUUCACUCUAAUCGGCCGAAUGAUUUCGUCUGUGUUAAAUUCUGCUUUUUUCACUCUUCAUAAAGCACAGAAUUUAGUUUCUUAAACUCAUUUGAGUCGACGUUUAUUGCAGCUCCGCAAUUCGGACUAUAACAAAUGUAAGGACACACACUUCCUAUGUCCGUCAACUAUAUCGGUCCCUCGGGAAACUCAAACCCAAAUAACAAUAGUUCCUUUUGUUACUGUCGAGUUGACAGCUAUGAGCUCUCACGGAUUUCCGACUUACGUUCUCACUUUCAUUUUACCGUAUCAAUCCAUGGAAGAAACAUUUAUUCAUCAUGAGGAAACGAGCAAGUUAUACAGCAGCCUUUAAAAGAAAAGUCACAUCUGUUUUGUUUUCUCCUAGAUUCUGGCGCAAGCUUGCUGGCCUUGCGUCGGUGGAUGGCGGGGGGAGUAUGUCGCAGCAAGGUCAGGCUGGAUGGGAAAACAGUGCUGAUCACGGGCGCCAACACCGGCAUCGGAAAAGAGACGGCCCUGGACCUGGCGCGACGAGGGGCCAGAGUAAUCCUCGCCUGCAGGGACUUGACGAAAGCCCACAUAGCGGCUGUACAAAUUCGCAAGCAGAGCCGUAACGACAACGUGGUGGUGAAAAAGUUGGAUUUGGCCUGCCUGCAAUCGGUCAGAGACUUGGCCAGAGAUAUUAUAAAUAAUGAGGAGCACUUGGACAUCCUUAUUAACAAUGCAGGUAUCAUGAUGUGCCCCAAAUGGAAGACGGACGAAGGUUACGAAAUGCAAUUUGGCGUCAACCACCUGGGACACUUCCUGCUCACUAAUCUUCUCAUUGAGCUGCUGAAAAAGUCAGCACCGAGUCGAAUCGUAAUUGUCUCCAGUUUGGCGCAUGAGAAGGGUCAAAUCCACUUCAAUGACAUCAAUCUGGAGGAAGACUACAAACCUGAUGUGAGCUACCGCCAAAGCAAGCUAGCCAAUAUACUCUUCUGCAGGGAGCUUGCCAUCAGACUCAAAGGUACCGGUGUGAACACAUACUGCCUCCACCCCGGCGUAGUCCGUACUGAGCUGGCCCGCCACCUGUUCCCGACGUCUUUGUGGAAGAAUCCCCUCCUGCUGCCUUUCCUGUUGAUGAUUAAAAAUCCCCAAGAAGGAGCACAGACCUCCAUUUUCUGUGCUGUGGAUGAGAGUCUGGCCAAUUCCAGUGGCCUUUACUACAGUGACUGUGCACUGAAAACUCCUGCCCCAGCAGCCAUGGACGAUAACACAGCCAAGCGAUUGUGGGCCCUCAGCUCGUCCAUGGUCGGCCUGAUCUGAAGUAAGCCACCUGACGUGCCUCCAUUGACGACGCACCGACCAAGUACUUGCGUUCUUAUCAUGUGUUGCCUUGUUUUUAAAUUUCACGUCAAAUGAGACCCAUCAACUUUGCACGAUAAACACACUACGGAAUUAUUAGGACCACACUGAGAGGAAAAUAAAUUUAAAAAUGAUUGUUGAAAGGAAAGUUUUAUGAAAACUUGCAUUUGCAUGAUUCUUUCAAGGACAGUAGUCACUACAGUGGACUACUAUUCAAAAGUUGGCACACUUGAAACCUUUAACCCUUUAUAGAGCAAGGACUAUUUGUGGUAAUUUAAAAAAUAUUAAUUAUUAGCAAUUACUAUUUUUUGUAAUUAUAAAAAAAUCUAUAAACAAAUAAAAUGUUUAUGAAAAGUAAAUUAAUAAAAUAAAAUGAAUGGAACAUAGAAAUUCACACUGAUUACAGCAACAAGUAACAAUUUUAUAGUUAUUAUUUUUUUAAAGUAUUUUACUCAUUGCAUGGCAAUGAUGGUGAUAGACAUCCAUUUUCGACAAUUUUAGAAGAAUAAAGUUGUUAUUAAUGAAUUAUCACGUUACGAGGAAAUAUUAAAGGUAAAAUUUCUUUUCUGAAAAAAAUUAUAAACAGUUUGAUUCUUGUUUUAGAAUAUCCGUCACAUUUCUUUCCCUUGAGGAAUCCAUUAUUUUUCUUCUUUAAGUGUGGUUCUAAUAGUCCAUCAUAGUACAAAAUAUGCACUGCUUAUUUAUACUCUAUUACACUCUAAGCCCCCCUCUUCAAAUGCCAGCUUUUUGUGAUAUAAUCACAGCAACUGAUGGUUCUUGUUGUUCAACUCUAUCAGUCAGGCAUAGAAGAAUUUGAGGUAUUACAUGUAAAAAUACCACAGAACAAAGUGAAGUCUUACAAAAUCUAGUUGAGUUAAUAACAACAAAACAAGCAUUUGAUUAGGGGUGUCUAAAUAUUUUUAUAUAGAUCCGCUGUAUUUCCUAUUUAAAGCCGUCAUAUAGUAGGUACUUGGACAUCAGCAUGAGCAAACACACUUAUUUUUUGGGCUCAUCUACUAGCUGCCAUUUUUGAAAAAUGUCACGUUUCAUUGCCGAAUAUACAUAGCACAAUGCCUUAUAACUUAGCGGUUGUUUGCAGAAAUAAGAAAAGUUUUGGUUCCAAAAGUUUCGCUCAUAAGUUUAUUUUUUUAAUGGAACAAAUUUUGCUAGAUUUAUAUAACUUCAAAGACCUAUAGUUGACUUUUUUUUCUGGAACCAAUUACAAUCAUAAUGGUCUCAUUUUAAAGGAUUUUUCAAGCUCUGAUAGAUAAUUUCCAAAUUUUUGUCCACGUACCUACAUAUACUGCUGCUAUUUUUUUUCUUUGUCCAUUUCUUUACUUGUUUUCAACAUAUGUAUUUGCAAAGCUGUCGAUCUUGUUUGCACUGCCUGUAAGUACACAAUUGUAACAUGAUCAAACAAAGGUCAAUAGACUUGGGGAGGAGGCAAUAUGCUAUUAAGAAGAUGAGCAAAAACAACAAAACAGAACAGCUCUAUAGAUACAAGAGCAAAUUUAUUUAUGUCCACUUGGAUAAAGUGUAUAUCUGUUUAAAAUGAAGAUAACAAUUGGACUUGUUUGUGCAAUGUAUUUUAAUGCCACUGUGCUGCAUUUGUAAGCCAUGGUCCUAAGUCAAUGUUAAAACACAACUGGUCUGUGUUGUAGUACGAUUUAUUCAAAUAACUGUGUUGUAAUACUAUUUAUUCAAAUAAACCUUGAUCAUUUUAGUGUGCAAACACUAGACGUAAUUCCCAACACUAACAUCAACAUUGACCACUUGGACUAAAGUGACAAAAGAUUCCUGGCUGGUCCACAGAUAAUUGGAGCAAGACAUUUUGCUUUAACGCUAAAGGCCUCUCUGUGUAUGAAUUAACUGCUGCAAAAUAUGAAAUAACAUUUGUCAUUUUUCAACAAAAUCUUUUACUGUGAGAAUGUUAUCACUCAUGAAUAGGGAACAUCAACCAUGACUACUUUUUAAAAGCACAUUUCCAAACUUAUAGCACACUAUUCAUCAAUUUUCUGUAGGAUUUGUCCUUAUUCAGUGCAGGGUUUGAACUUUGACUUUCCUAUUUGGCAAACUGGAUCAGCAGAACUUUAGAUUUCUAGUCAACCAAAUUCACUUGAAUUUUCAACUUAUGAUUAAAAAUGGAACUGUAAGUUCACUUCAAGAUAGUUUUUUUUUUUUUUUUUUUUUUUUAAAUUAUCACCGGUUAAAACUCAACGUUGGUUUAAGUUGUUUGAACUUGAAGGCGUCGUGAGUGAAGUUUACGACUUGCCAUUUCAAGUUUAGAUGACUCAGAAUUUUAGGUCACUUGAUCAUGCAUGUUAAUUCAAUUUAUUCGAUCAAGUUCAUAAUCUUAACUUGAAAUUAAAAUAGUUAUAACUUAAGAAUUUGUGUUACUCAAAACCUUCAGUUAGUAUGAUUUAAUAGGAUUUUUUUGUUUAUUUGAAAUAAGAUGUGUGAUAUUUAGGGCUGCAGCUAUCGAAUAUUUUAGUAAUCGAGUAAUCGACUGAAAAUAUCGAUUAAUUGGAUAAAUUAUUAUUAUUAUUAUUAUUAUUAUUUUUUAGGUAAAGAGCAAUUAUAAAUAUACUUGAGAAAUAAAAGACAUUUAAUCCAAUAUUGAACCAUUUUCAGUCAAUCAAUGUCUUUAUUUUCGAUGUACAUUGUUGAAAACAGCCAACAAUUGCAUCUAAGAUGUGACUAGAAAAAAAAUCAUUGCUUUCACUCAAAAAACUUCUAGAUCUUAUUAAAAAAAAAAAAACAUAUUUCUUACCUAAAAAUGUAAUUACGCUUGAUAACACACAUCACUUGAAAGCUAGGUGUUUUUCCCACGUGUUUCAAUUUAACUUCCAUUUGUGUCAAGCUAUUUUUAAGUUCUACUUAAGUUUUAAGUUAGUCUAAACUGUAAGUACUGAUAGGAUUUUGAGUUUUUGCAGUGUUCAAAAUAAAUGUAUGAUACCUGCUGUAUUGGAGCACAUUAGGGACCAGUGCCACCUGGUGUUUUAUUCAGCAAUGACUACUGAGCUAAGACUGACAGUUAGCUUCAUUAUGUUUUAAUUUUACACCCUCAUCACUGUACAGCGCUGUGUUUUUACAGAUUAAAUAAAGCCUGUAUGUAAGACAUGUUAGCCACGCAUCGAUAGUUGUCAUAAU